CUAAGCAUACGUUCAUGACACCUAAUUGCACGCGACGCGAACGUUGCUCCGCGUCAUCUCCUCAUCUUCACCUCGACGCCACGCCCACGCGCACACCGAACUGUCUAUAAUAGAUAUUUCCAUGUGAGAGACGAGUAGGAGGUUUCAACGGCGUAACAAAAACCGCACACGUCGCAUCCGCGUGCAACGCUCGCGAGCCGGCCUGCGCUGGCCCGAGCUGUGGGUCGUGCCAACCACUGGCAGAACAUUGGCACACUGCUAACAUGGAGCUGGUACGGCGUGCGACUGGGCUCGCGCCCGCGGUUGUGACGUGCGGCGCUGCGCUGAGUGCCUGCUGCGCGCUUGUGGGCUACUCCCUUCUCAGCUUCCUGUUCCUGACGCGCUACUACGCGCCCGCGACCCAUCACUUUGUGCGCCCUCUUCACUUUGAUUACACCGGCUAUGUGGCGGUGGCGGUGGCGCCGCUGUCGCCCAACCUGCAUGAGAAGCUGGGGCCGCCGGGCGGCGGCAGGUCCGUGCCGGGUGCAGCCGCGGCUGCCGUGCUACCGAAGUCCAGGUUCCUACCUUUGGGCACCCAGGUGGCGGUGCACGUGAAGCUGGUCAUUCCUUGGGACCAUACAGACCUGUUUCAGGUGACGGGCGAGUUGAUGACAAACGUCACGCAUGUGGCUGCGCGGUCCACCCGCACCUACAUCAACACUCCACCGCCCUAUCUCUACCGCCUGACCAAGAACAUGAUGCUCCUGCCGCUGCACGUGCUGGGCUGGGGCACGGGCGAGUGGGUGCACGUGGACCUGCCGCUCUUCGACGCGUACGAGGACCGUGAGGAGGCGCCGGUGGCGGCCUUCCGCGCGCGCCUGGCCAGCCGCAACACCUCCAAGGGCGGCCUGCCGCCGCCGCCCGUGCACAAGGCCGAGCUGCACGUGCGACUCAAACUGGGCCCGCUGCAAACGGCGCUGUUCUGGCUGCGGCCGGGCCUGGCGCUGAGCGUGGUGCUUCUGGUGGUCGGGCUGACCACCGCGCUGGGCGGCAGCGCCACUGCCGUUGGUCUGGCCAUGCUGGCAUGCCUGCUGUCGCGAUGGGUGGCGGCCAACAACGCCGAGGCGGCCGCCGCCGCCGCCAAGAGCGGUAGGGGCCGGCGCGGCCGCGGCCGGCUGCUGCCAAUUGGUGCGCCAGCGGCGGCGCAGCCGAAGGGUUAUGGGUACGGCAAUGGCGGCGCGCCCUACGGGGGUGUGGAGGACGCAAUGUCGUACAGUCUGGCCCACGCGCAGUAUUUCCGGGGCGGCCGCGGCGGCGGGGAUGGGGGCGUGUAUGAGGGACAUGAGGAAGAGCACGAGCACGGGGCGAGCUCGGCGGGCGAGGAGAGCUGGGCGGCUGGGGCUGCGGAGGCGCCGGUGGGCAAGGCCACUUAUCGCUACGUGGUGCGGGAGGAGCAGCAAAACCCCAGCGAGGCCACGUCGUCGUGGACUGGCACUGGCAGCAGCGCCGUGGGUGGGCACACCGUAUCGGGGCCGGCAGCCACCGCCACGCCCAGCAGCUCGGUGGCGGGUCAUAGGGCACACGGUGGCGCACGUCCGCCGGCCGGCCGGCAGGCACCUGUGCGGGCGCCGGCGGAAGAGGAGGCAGCAGAAGCAGCCCCAGUCGGCGGGAGGCCGAAGUCGGCUGCGGCGAAGGGUGCUGCGGCGGGCAAGGGUGUGGAGGAGAGGUCUGAGGAUGCGGAGCCAAUCGGCGAGGGCAGCGAGGCUAGGGAGCCCGUGCCGGUGGCUGAGUCGGUCGGCAGGGCGUCCAGGCGUGGAGAGGAGGCGGCAGGAGCCUGGCCCCGUGCUAUUGAGGAGGAGGACGAGGAGGGGGACGCAGAGGUGGAGGCUGAGCAGCCGGGCGUCGCUGGAGGUGAGCAGCAGGAGGUUGAGGUGGUGGCGCAAGGCGCAGGCGGCAAGGCCGGGGCGGGCGUGGCGGCUCGCGUGGGCACCAGUGAGUGCGACUUGGCGCCGCAGGUGGACAAUGCGGCCGAUAGCGGCAGUGCGGCAGCGGUACGGCGGCGGGCAGGAUUCGCGUGGAAGGCGUGAUUAUGCCCACCGCGCGUGUUGGGAGUGUAAUUUAAGGUUUCGGUUCUGUGACGGCACUGCCCAAGGGGCUACGGGGCAGUUGUGCUGCUGUAAGGCAGGCACGCUUAGAUAGGUGCGGAAGGCCGCGGCAGCGGCUAUUACCGGUAGUUGCGCUGGUUGAGAAGAGGCCACGCGUACGCCAUAGUUAAGCGUGAAGUUCACGCGCUGCUGGCGUUACCACUGUCGCUGAGGUCGGUGCUGAAGCAUGUUGUGCAGGGGUGUGUAAGUAGUCACGACU